AUGAGGUUUCUCUUAGUAGUCGUGGGAUUGGUUUCCCUAGCUCGCUCGGAACUUUUGGGUAUACCGACUGUGCCAUUUAACAUCACCUCUGACAAGACAUAUGAUUUGAGAAAUCUCCACGCGAUUGUUGUCGACCUCGCGCACUCUACUACUCGUGACCAGGAUGGCCUAACCUUGAUUCCUCCCUCUUUGUGGGAGUUUGCAGAGACUUUCCAAGGUGAUCUUGCUAGUAUUGGAGUCAAUGCCGUCUUGCUGCCGGGCUCCAAGGCCAUUGCAAAUGCAAUUUACCUGACUCUUGAUAAUGACAAGUCGCAAUUCGUCAAUGCCGCGGGAAACAAGACCUCAGAAGGUUACCGUCUCUCUGUCACUUCUUCAGGGAUCACCAUCAGCGGUGCGAGCCCUCUUGGAGCAUGGUGGGGAACGCGAACAGUCCUUCAGCAGGCGUUGAUCAACGAUAAGAAGUUGAAGAUUGGAAGAGGUGUUGAUUCCCCAGGAUGGUCUGAGAGAGGCAUGAUGCAAAAUGUCUUCCACCUUCAUCUCAGCGACCAUGUCUGGGAUCCCGCCAAGCUCGGUACCCAUGAACUUGCCCUCGAGCUUUAUGCUGGUUUCCGCAUCGCCUCCACGGAUCCAGCAGUUGCCGGACUUGCCAGGCCAACAAAUGAAACGUACAGCCCGUAUGUUUUCGAUAACUUGCAGCAAAAGUGUGCAAGCCGCGGUGUAACCAUCAUACCCGAAUUUGAAUCACCCGGACACUCAAUAGCAACCACAGACUGGAGGCCCGAGAUUGCUCUCUCUGACUUUAGUAUGCUAAACUUGAGUCAUCCAGAGACGCUUCCAACAGUCAAGUCGUACUGGAAGGCUGCCAUCAACAACUUCCAUUCCAAGAUUGUGCACAUUGGGGCAGACGAGUACGACAGCAGCUUUAUUAACGAGUACAGCACCUUUGUCAACGAUAUGAGUGCAUACAUCCAAUCCAUCUCUGGUAAAAGCACUCGUAUCUGGGGCACUUUCCCUCCUUCAUAUAAACCAGGCUCUAUCAACGUCAACAAAGACGUGACGAUUCAGCAUUGGCAGAUCGGCCAGGAUAACGGACUGUUCGACUUCAUUGACAACGGCUACACCAUUGUUAACAGCGAUGACUACUUUUACCUUGAUGUCAAGUAUUCAGACGGCAACGUUUAUCCUAAAGAGCUCGACAUUCAGCGCGUUUUCCACGGAUCUCCCGACGGCAGUGCAUUUGCGCCCAACAUUCUCGACAACGCCAACGCCACCAACAACCCUCCUCGAGACAGUCCCAACGUGCUUGGACACUUGGCUGUUGUGUGGAAUGACUGGGGUCCAAAUGCCAGCACCUAUCACGAGGCUUACUACAUGGUCCGCAACGGUUUGCCUGCUCUAGCUGAUAAGCAAUGGGGUGGCUCGCUGCAAGAGGAGGACUAUGCCGGUCUAUUUGCCACGCUGCAGCCUGCCGUGCCAGAUCAGAAUCUCGACCAACGGAUUCCUUCCAAGGGCCCAACGAUUCUAUCAUACAGCUUCGGCAGCAACAUUGUAUCAUCUUUAUCAGGCACCGUUCAAGACGGCUCUGGAAACGGCUAUCACGGCAGUCUCCAAAACGGUGCCUAUGUGAGUGGCGGCGCUCUCCAGCUCAGCGGACACAGCGCCUAUCUCAAGACUCCUCUCACGAGCAAGGGACGCAACUACACGCUCUCUUUCUCUGUGCUUCCGAAAUCCCACGGCGGUGCGCUCUUCUCGGGCCCAGACAGCAGCUUCCUCAACGGCAACGGCACGUCAACCAACCUCAUGCUCGUUUCCGACAACAUUGCUUACCCAGUCAAUCUGACACUGCCGCUGAACAAAUGGAGCGACGUCAAGGUUGAGGCCAUUGGCCCGCAGACUUUCAUCUCGGUCGGCGCUCAGCGCCAAGAAGUGACUAUCUUGAUGGGCAUCUGGGGAGGAUACAUGGAGGAGGGGCCGAUGGCGAUUGAGGCGCCACUUGCGGCGAUUGGAAAGGGAAUUAACGGGCAGAUGAAGAAUAUAAAGCUGUCUAGUGACGUAUUAUAA